AUGACAAACAAGCAAAAUCCAGAAGAAAUAUCAGCACUUGACUCAAGCAAACAUGGCGACUCGCCAAACUCACUCGGGAAACCCGACUCUAUUAUCGAAGCACUCUCGCUUAUGACUAAACAACUAGUGUCCUCUAUUACCACACUCAACUCCUCAAUGGACCACUCAUUUACUGAGAUGAAUGAGACUUUAGGAAACCUCGCAUACGUCGAGGAAUCUGCCAAUGAAGAAGGCUCGGUAAACUCCGACGCGGAGAAAGAGACCGACAAGGCGCCAAACAAAGACAGCGCUAGCACUAAGGACCAAAACCUAUCGGGGUCCAGCACCGCUAAUAACGUCAACAAUCAGCUGACGUUGACAAAUAGAGCACCAGAAAUUUCUCAGCUGCUCAAACCUGUGUUUAAAGUCCUUAGAGAAAAAGGCCUCUUGUCAUCUGCAUACAUAGAUGAUCUUUAUCUGCAAGGAGAUACCUUUCAUGAGUGUCUUGAAAAUGCCUUGAACACAGUGCAACUGCUUAGAGAUCUUGGAUUUGUAGUCCAAGAGGAAAAGUCUUGUCUGCAUCCCUCUCAACAACUCGAGUAUUUGGGCUUUAUCCUGAACUCAGUGUCAAUGACGGUACGACUCUCUCAUGCUAGAGUUGAGAAGGUGGUCCAAGCAUGUGAAAAGCUUCUCAGUAACUCCCAUCCCACCAUACUUCAUCUAGCAGAGGUUAUUGGGCUUAUGGUCUCCAGCUUCCCCGCCGGGGAACAUGGCCCAUUACACUACCGUAGCCUUGACAUUGAGAAAAUUGAGGGUUUGAGACAAACUAAAGGCAAUUUCUCUAGUGAAAUAUCUCUACCUGUUAAUUCAAGAGAGGAACUGCAGUGGUGGAUUGCAAACCUACUUUUUUCCUGUAAAGCAAUCUCACAUGGUGAAGCUGAUAUAGUAAUCCAAACUGAUGCCUCUUCUCAAGGUUGGGGAGGGGUGCAUGGCGACCAGAGAGCAGGGGGCAGAUGGACCCCCACAGAAGCACUAAAUCACAUCAAUUACCUUGAACUGCUCGCUAUAUUUUUAUCCCUCAAAGCUUUGUGUGGUGCACACAAAAAUAAACACAUCCAGGUGCAAUGUGACAACACUACUGCAGUGUCCUACAUAAAUAACAUGGGUGGAAGUAAAUCCAUUCCAUGUAAUGAGGUAACUAAACAAAUCUGGGCCUUGUGUAUUGCUAAUAAUAACUGGCUCAGUGCUAUAUAUUUACCUGGAUGUAAAAAUGUAGAAGCUGAUGCAGAAUCUAGGGUAUUUAAUGACUGCACAGAGUGGAUGUUAGAUCCACAGAUAUUCAAGAGGAUUACCAAUAAGUUUGGUAGUCCUGAAAUUGACCUCUUUGCAUCCCGUUUGAAUAAACAAUGUGCCAAAUACUCAUCAUGGCGUCCAGACCAGGAAGCUUUGUUCGUGGAUGCAUUUUCUUCUAAUUGGGAGAUGUCUGGAGAAAUUACAUGCAAACCAAGCAGAGGGCAUUCUUAUAGUGCCACGGUGGAUGAGCCAAAGCUGGUACCCCAAACUACUCAGACUGCUGGUGGAGGUAUCCAUUGUUAUUCAGCCCAAGAGGGAUCUGUUCGUUUUGCCGGGGACUCAACAACUACACCCAUUACGGGAGAAACUGACUUUCUUGGCAUGUCAUUUGUCAGGAAACUUUUCGAAGACAGAGGUUUUUCUAAGAAAACAACCGACAUUAUCAUGCACUCAUGGAGGGACUCGUCCCGUAAACAAUAUGAUGUGCACAUUCGCAAAUGGAUCCUACUCUGUUCUGCAAGGAAAAUUGAUCUAAUUUACACAAAUAUAACUGACGCACUAGAAUUUUUGGCUACCAUGUUUGAUCAGAAAUUGAGCUAUAGUAGUAUUAAUUCAACCUGUUCAACUCUUUCAACCAUCUUACAGACUUCAAGUAAUUGUAACUACACAUUUGGUGAACACCCAGACGUUAAACGCUUUAUGAAGGGUGUUUAUCAGAACAGGCCACCUAUGCCCAGAUACAACAAGACAUGGGAUGUAAAUGUUGUACUACAGUGCUUGCGGGGCAUGGGAAAGGCAACAGAACUAUCGAUUAAGGAACUGACCUUAAAGCUAGUUAUGCUUAUAGUGCUUACCACAGCAUGUUCUCGGCUUGAGGAAGUGAAUGGGGUGGUCUUUUUGAGUCAUCUUCUGAAUAUAUUUACAGCAGAGCUGAGUUCGUCUUUCUUUCAAGCUGCUAAGGUUGGUAGUAUUAAGGGCAUCUAA